UUUGAUUCAGUUCUUUCAAAGCCUUUGAAAGCUGUAUUCUGCAAUUCCCACAGCCUUUUGUGUCUUCCACGAAUAAUUAAGUACACGAUAAUUUUAACAAUGAAAUACGGACACCAAACCUUACGUGUUAAUAUCUGAUCAUGUCUGUAUCGUGGACAGCGCACCAGGGGGAAGUGGGUGAUCUGAGAAACAAGAGUAAAGAUGAGCUUCUUGAGAUACUCUCACGACAAGAAAAGUUACUGUCAAAUAAGAGAUUUAUUAAGAGCCUCCCAGAUAAGGGAAAGAAGAUUGCUGACUUUGUGGAGAAAGUACACCUUGCACUUGGACAUCUGGAGGAGGAGGAGAGAAAACAAGCAAGUUUAAUAUCUGUCCGGACAGAGUUUCAGGCUAAAUAUCAGCAAGCCCUUGCCAAGCGAAGCACAGAUAAGCAUUUAGACUCAAAUUUGGACAUGAUUAUUACAUCCCAUGACGGAAACGAAGCCAAUAUUAAUAUCGAUGCAGCUAACAUACAGGAAAAUGGUGGUCUGUUUGGCCAAGAGGAGUCUUUGACAUCCUGGCCGAAGGCUGUUGAAACACUAGAAACAGCCGAAGGGAAUGCACCAGCCUCACUGAUGAAAGACACAGAGCUUGUGGAGGCGUUUGGACGAGUAACACUUGCUGAAAGCAACAAUGGCUCCAACCAAAGCACUGUCAAAACCCUGCCUCCUAGUAAACCCUUUCUGGAUAAACAUCAUCAGAAGAAACCGCAUUACAUAGAAGUCCUGGAGAAGACAGAGAAAAGUGUGAAUAUGAGGAAGCCCAGAUUCAAACCAAACCAGUUAACAGAAAAAUCAAAGUCUUCAUCACCUAGUCUGUCCUCUGGCAGCACCACACCACUAACUGCAGAGGCCAGAAGACAACAAGACCGAAAACACCUGGAUGACAUUACUUCUGCUAAGCUUCCACUCCUGCACUACAGUCCUGCCCAGCUGCUGUCAUUAGAGGAGUCAUCUGCCCUUCUGCAAGAGCAGACCAGAAGGAACCUGGAGUUGCAGGCCAAACAAGCUGCCCAGAAGUUGGCAGAUGGUCUGAGUAUCAGGAUGGAGAGUUACAACCCAGAAGGAGGCCCACUGGCAGCCUACAGAGAGGUGCAUGAUGAUGGGGCCCAGCUUUCCUCAGAGGAGGACUGAUCGUGGGGCCGUACUGGGAGGGUACUGGCUUGCUGAUAUGUUUGGCCUCUUGCCCUGGACCAGCUCUCGGCCUAGAGCCCAUGCUUCAGGACCCUGGAGAGAGGCUUUCAGCCUGAGGACAAGAGAAGGGCUCUUCAUGAACUGCACUGACAUUGUCUUCAGAUUCUGCCAGGGAAGAUAAAACCGCAGGUUGAAUCAAGUUGAAAGUUAUUGUUGAAAACCUGAACAUUUUUGUAUCUGGAAAUGUUACUAUCCAACAGUAACAGAUUAUUUUGGCAAGCUGAUGCUGAAAAUCUGCCUUGGCAGGUCCACACCUGUUGUCCUGUACAGAAUAAUAUAAUUUGAAGCUCUUAUCAGCUGUACCUUCAAGGGUGUGCUUCAUGUGUUCUUGUGAAGAUGGUAAUAGAAUAUUUUUGUAUGACCUUUUUUAGUGUUUAUUUAAAACAAAACGCUCUGAAUUGACCUCCAAAGCUGGUGAUUGGUUCUUUGAAUCGGAUAACAGAAACCACAGUUUCAUAAACUAAAGGUGGAAGCACUUAAUGUUUUGUCACUUGAGCGCAACAGCUUGGGAAACGUCUGUCUGUCUCCCUCCCUUUUUGCAGCAUUGUUUUGAUAACCGGCCCACUGGUUUGAUUGGAAUGAGUCAGCCGGCGUUUGAAGGGAGGGAUGUUGUUAUCAGUGCAGAAAUCUGUGACAUGCCUCAGAUGAUUAAUAUAUGUAAUGUGAAAUAUCGAGGCUUGAAGGAAUUAGACCAAUUGGUGGAGUACAUCUGGAUCGUAUUUAGAUCAUGUUACUGCAUGAAGUGGCAAUGCAUUCUGGGAUGGCAACAGAUAGACAGAUGUGACAUAUGGUAAAUGCAAUUUCCAAAGCCACCAACACUGAUAAAGAAUUCACUCUUUUCACCUCUUAGGAUGUAAAAAUGUAUUUUCUUUGCAUAUGAUUCAGGAAUCUUUUUAUUUAGAUGGAGAAAAAGGAUUUUGAAGGAAGGAAAUCCAAAUCUUUGCUGCUCUGCAGUUGAUGACCUGUGAUAACCUCUAGUAAUUGCUUCUGCCCGUUGAUGGGAACUGCUGCCUCAGAAAAAAGAUCCUAACACAUCUGGCAGGUUAGUGUUUAGACACCGUCUAUGACGAACUCCAGAGUGCCUUACCCAGACGUCCCGUGAUAAAUAUGUCAGACUUGUCCAGAAAGAAUCUCCUUUCUACUUGCAUACAGAGGAAAAAAGACUGUUAUCAAUUACACACUAGAUUUCUGUGCUGAUCAGAUUCGCUCGUGAGUACAUAGAUAUGCUUGAGUUGGACUCAAGCAUGCUUUCUGACUGUGUCUUUAAGUUGUUUCCUUUUUAGCUGGAGUUUUUGCUUUCCAUAUACCCUCACACCCAUCAUCUUGGAUCAAUAAACGGCUCGAUCAAAUGAUCUACCUCAAGUGUAAAAUCGUGCCCUGAGAGAAUGGGCAACAUGUUUGAGCUGUGAGGGGGAUACAAGAAUACAGUUUUUUUUUAAGUGCCCUUUUAACAGACUUGCCAUAAAAAAAAAAAAUAAUUUAUUGCAGUAGAAGAUAUAAACUAUUACUGUGCAGGAUAGAAUAAGGUUUCGAUUUAGGGGUGUAACAAUACAUUGAUACAUUAUGUUGUUAGUCAUUUGAUCGAUGUAUCGGUGCAAUGCGUAAAAUAUUGAUACCUAUAUAUUUUUUUUAAGGCACCUUUAUUUCGACACUCAUACGCAAUGUCUGUGCAUUACCGCCAAAGCUUUCAUUCUCAUUUAAAAUCACCUAUCAGGGCUCAACAAUAAGGACUGCAUGAUGGUCCAGGGCCAGUGUGAAAGACUCUCAACUGUCCCAAUCGGGCCAGUGAUGAAUCCUCAUGAAAAUUUAUCAGUUGCCUGUGUUUUGAGCCUUGCCAAUUUACAGCGCAAGAAGACACGAAAAAGAACUCAUUUCUUUACUCCCACGCUGUGUGAGAAGUUUUCCAUGUGCAUUUUGCGCACGCAUCCGCAGCACGCGCACAGAGAGAGACGCCUCUCAGAUGGAGCGCAAAUACUGAAUUGAGUUAUCUUUCGCUUUUUUACGCUUUAAUGGAUAAAUGCAGACAAAAUUAUGUCAAAAUGUCUAUCUUGGCGACUAUACUCGUAAACACAAUCGGUUAUGUCUUAAGUGAAGUGUUUUUAAUGUUAAUUAAACAACAAAAGACAAAGAAAACACUAACUUUUGUAACUUUAAUAAGGAUUAAUCUGUUUAAUUUAUACAGUGAAGACUAUUCAGUGUUAUUUUACAUUUGAUUACUUUAUUCAAUUUCUGUCCCUGAAAACUUCUGUUAGACCUUCCUGAAAAAACUAAAAAGCACUGUUUAUUUCAUUUGUCUUUUGUUCUAUUGUACUUAUUUGUGCUAUUGUUUGUAAUUUGAUUAUCUGUGGAAAAAAAAAUCCUUAUCGUUGAGCCCUGCCAAUAAGUUUUAACAGCUUUAUUUUUUGCAAUUCUUUUUUUAUAUAGUCUAUUCAUUUUUUGUAAAUGAAUGUAGUUUUUCUACAACUGGAAUACUUUAUUUUUGCUGUUUCCUAAUGAGAAUUUGCACUAGAUUUUACACAUUGCGCAUUUUAGCACAGAAGCCUCAAAGACUUUCUUGCUGUCAUGUCAUAAGCUGUCAUCAGAUUACAGAUCUCAUGUGUGACUUGAUUUUUUUCCCAUUAUUUAUUUUUCUUCAUUAUUUAAAAAACUAAAUGUCCCAUUUGUUGUACAGGAUGUGCAAUUUCCAGAGAAAUGUUCAUGAUGCAUAUUUUGUUUGCAUUUGAGUUAAUAAUAAUGUGACUGGUUAUGUAAAAUAGGCACGUAAUAUCGAGAAAUCAAUCAAUAUACCCCUGAAUCGAAUUAUAAUCUAUAUCGCAGAAUUUUUUGAGGUAUCGGCAAAUGUCGUAUCGCUGGCUAUUAAAAUCGGUAUCAGAUCGUACGUAUCGUGACGAAACGUCUUAUUUUCACCCCUAGUUUCAAUAAUGGAUUUCUCUGCUCUUAAAGGCAUUUUGAUUCAUCAUAGCCGCUUUGAGACAUAAAUCUGUCAUAGUCUCUCUCCAUAGUCUUUUCUGUAUAUACCUGUAGGUCAAGUUUCACAGAAAAUCUGGGCUCUAGUAAGACACAGCAGACAUGCAAUGGUUCACAACCAUCAGGGUUGCCAGGUCUGUGCAACAAAAGUAGCUCAAAAAUAGCCCAAUGUGACAUCUUAAUUCUCCACUGAUUUUGUACGAUGUUUUGAGGGUGUUGGAAAUCAACCCGCUGAAAUUGUUUUUUACCUGCGGCAACAACUUAAAAAGCAGACUUGGCAACACUGGAGACAAUAUUCAAAGGCCCUCCCAUCGAAUCUGAUAUGUACAUCUGUUGUAAUAAAACAAACAAACCCAAAAAUUCAGUUUAUUUUUAGUGUUUUUUUUGUUUGUUUGUUUUGUUGUGUUUUUAGGGCCCCACUACAAGCUUAUUGAGGCCCCCUAGUAGGCCCGGCCCCGUUUGAGAACCACUGCUCUAAUUUAAUCACUUAAAUCUAUGUAAUGUGCUGUUUUUUCCCCCUACAAUUAGUCUGUAGUUCAAAUCCGUUUGAUAGAAAUAAUUAAUUCUACAGUGCUCUGUUGCACACCACAGAAAUGUAUACCCUAAAAGACAUCCUAUUUUUUGAUUGAAUGUUUCUGUACUGGAUAUAGACUAAUAGACUAAGACAUUAGCAAUGAAUCAUUUUUUUUCUUCAUUAUUAAUUUUUUUUUUUUUUUUUUUUUUUUUUUUUGAAUAAUGAAUUUGCUUUUAAAUCUUUGAUUUGUGUGUGGUUUUGAUAAAGCAGUUAAUGGCGAAAGGAGAGGGUGUGUCAGUGCUUAGAAUGAGAAACCUCAGUAUUGACUGUUGGGUGUAAAGAUGUCUGGAUUUAUGCUGUAGUCUACAAUUGGUUUUGGAAAUGUUGUGAAUAAGUGCGCUGUUGAGAGAAACACUGCUUAUAUCAUUCCUGAUGUCUUCCGGCAAUGCGGUCAUAUGAUCAGGAAAGACAUGAUGACUCCACAUCUGCUCCUUCACCACGUCCAUGUGAAUAAGUGUAAUGACGGGAAUAUUUAAGUACUCAAAAAAGGAGUGGGAAUGAUUAUCUCUGCUAUCUUUAUUACUUGACUUUACAACCCUGACAAAAAUACUGUGGUGGUGUUGGCACCAUGAUUGUUUCAGACAAUUAUGCCAUAGAUCUUUAAUAUACCAUAUUGUCAUACCUUGUUAUUUACAUAGCACUCUAAGGUAAUUAUUGAUUGAACACCAUUAUUUUACUAUCAUACCAUACCAAAUAAAAAUGGUGAUACCCUGGUCCUUUUUUCUUUUAUUCAAAUCAAAUCAAAA